UCACUACCUUACAAACCAGCACUCCAUACUCGAGAUCGUGAGCACCAUUAAUUCUGCUAAAUGCCAACACAUCUAAGCCUAUAAAUUCAUGGCACCAAUCUCCCUUGCUUCACCAUUCAAAGUCAGAUAGCAGAAAGAAUCGAUUCCCUAAGAAAAAGCCAUGUUGGCAAUCUUGUCACUAGCCAUCCUCUUCUUCGUAUCCACCGCCGGCGCUGCGCCUGCUCCGGCAAUCGACAUGAGUGGCAAUCAAGUUGAAGCCGGCGUCUGGUACUACAUGUUGCCGAUCCAGAAGAGCACCUACCGCGGUUUCUUUUCUGGCGCCCAAUACAACACCACUUGUCCGAUCUACAUCAACGAAGCGCCCAAAAGGUUUCCAGGAUUAGCCGCGAAAUUAUGGCCGGUUGACGGCGGGAGCACGGUCCGGCUGUCGACGGACCUGAACGUGGAGUUGUACGAGGCCAACCAGUGUCCGGAGAAGCCGAUCUGGACGCUGGCCCCCAGGGACGAGAAGACGGGGCUGAGGUUCGUGAGGUACGGCGGGGUGAUCGGCAGCCCCGGCCUCGGCACUCUCAACAAUUGGUUCAGGGUAGAGAAAGACGGGGAGUACUACAAGCUGGUGUUCUGCCCCACUAGCGUCUGCAACACCUGCAAGGACGUCGUCUGCGGAGAUCUUGGCAUCUAUACGGGCGGUUAUAAUCGUUGGCUGGUCAUGGGCGGCCAACAAUUUUCCAUUAGGUUCAAGAAAUUCCGUCCCUUGAAGAAGAAGAAGAAGAUCCCCCAGUGAUAACUCAAUGUGAGAAAGCAUCGUUCAUCAUGUAAUGGAUGCAUCGGCUUUUUCCACAAUAAAGAAAAAAUUAUUCUCUUCAAUAUA